ACGCAGAAACGGCGCAUGCGAUUACCUGGCCGCAUACGCACGCGCACUCCGGCACCGAACUCCCACAGCUUCGCUCUCAGGCCCGGCCUCCUAGGCGCAUGCGGCCUUCAGCUUCUGCCGGCUUGUCCUCUAACCAACAGCCCAAAGAUAUUACGAGGCGCAUGCGCGGUUUUGGUCCGUCCCGGGCGGUGGGGGUCAGUGCUGUACUGCUUGGCCGCAGCCAUGGCCGGGGCGCUGAAGAAGACCACUGGGCUCGUGGGACUAGCUGUAGCUGAGACGCCUCACGAGCACCUGAGGAUACUGUAUACAAAAAUUCUCACUGCUCUGCAGGACAUCCCCAAAGAUGCAGCAUAUAGGAAAUACACUGAACAGAUUGUAAAUGAGCGGUUUAACAUGGUAAAAACAGAACCUAAUGUGGAAAAACUAGAAGACAAAAUGAAAAGUGGUCAGAUAGAAGAAGUGAUAAUACAGGCUGAAAAUGAGCUCUCUCUGGCAAGAAAAAUGGUACAGUGGAAACCAUGGGAGCCUUUAGUUGAAGAACCUCCUACUGACCAAUGGCGAUGGCCAAUAUAAUAGUUAGCUUUAUGUCUGUAACUAUUUGAGAAUCAAAAAAACACUUAAUUAAAUAUUAGUAUCACGUUACUGAAACUUGUUUGUCUUUAAAUUAAAGAAAAUAGCUUUUGUAUAUGAUUUGUUUUGCCUCAAUAUCUAUUUACAUUUAGCAGGAUGUAAAGGUCCAGUCUGACUUUCUUGCAAAAAUGCUAUACUAAAACUUUGUUAAGCUAUUGGGCAAUCUGAUUAUUUUCUUUCCUAGUUCGCUGAUUAAAAAUAUAUUUAAAUAGAA